AGUCAAGAGAUACCGCGUGGUCAAGAGACGCCUGAAAGCGCUGUGCCUCUCGAGAAAAAAGACGUUUGAGGCUGAAACCUGACGCCCCUGCAGGAACCGGUACCUGGGAUCGUAUCUAUGUGGCGUAGCAUCGUCGUCGGUAGCGAAGAGCCCCGAGAAGUAAUUAUCUCGGCCCCUACGUAAAGAAAAAAAAGCCGAUGAGCCAUGAUGAACUCUCGCUCUCCAUUGGUACUCGACAUGAGAAAAGUAUGUCGCUGUAAAUCGGUCGUACUACUUACGAUUCCUGCAAGGGUGACGUCGCAUCCGCGCACGCACAUCGCCCUAUCUUUAGUGCGAAAGGCUUGAUGGGCUGCGGGUCGAUCCUCGCUGCACGUGAGCACUAGUCCCAAGAAGGACGACCCGUGAAAGCGCGUUUGCAGAGCAUCGCGUGUUUCGCGUCACCCCUCCAGACCAACACCCACAGCCCAAAAUGUCCAAAGCCGAAUCUUCCAAAGCAGCUGCCAGCAAUGGUGUCAAACCAAAUCCCAACGCUGCUGGUGGUGCUAACUAUGAACUGCCAUGGGUAGAGAAAUACCGUCCCGUCUACCUCGAUGAUGUCGUCGGCAACACUGAAACCAUUGAACGCCUCAAGAUCAUUGCCAAAGACGGUAACAUGCCACAUAUGAUCAUCUCUGGCAUGCCUGGUAUCGGCAAAACCACGUCCAUCCUCUGUCUCGCACGCCAGCUCCUCGGUGACGCCUACAAAGAGGCUGUUCUCGAACUCAACGCCUCUGACGAGCGUGGUAUCGACGUCGUACGCAACAGGAUAAAGGGCUUCGCGCAGAAGAAAGUCACACUUGCACCAGGCAGGCAAAAGCUCGUCAUUCUGGAUGAGGCGGACAGCAUGACCAGCGGUGCGCAGCAAGCCCUGAGGAGGACAAUGGAGAUCUACAGUGCAACAACACGGUUUGCAUUCGCUUGCAACCAGUCGAACAAGAUCAUUGAGCCGCUGCAGUCGAGAUGUGCCAUACUCAGAUACGCUCGCCUUACCGAUGCGCAAGUCGUGCGCCGCGUUAUGCAGAUCUGCGAGGCCGAGGACGUAAAGUAUUCAGACGAUGGGAUUGCGGCACUCGUCUUCUCCGCUGAGGGAGAUAUGCGACAAGCUAUCAACAACCUACAGUCGACAUUCGCUGGUUUCGGCUUUGUAAACGGCGACAAUGUCUUCAGAGUGGUCGACAGCCCGCAUCCCAUCAAAGUGCAAGCCAUGAUCAAGGCGUGCCACGAGCAGCGCAUCGAUGAUGCCUUGGCGUCGUUGAAAGAGCUCUGGGAUUUAGGAUAUUCAUGCCACGAUAUUAUCAGCACAAUGUUCAAAGUUACUAAGACCAUUGAUACGCUGAGUGAGCACGCGAAGUUGGAGUUCAUCAAGGAAAUUGGCUUCACCCACAUGCGCAUCCUCGAAGGCGUGCAAACACUUCUACAGCUAUCCGGCUGCGUUGCGCGCUUGUGCAAGAUCAACAUGCAGCCGCAAUUGUUCGCCCUCCCCACGACGUCGAAGUAAAACAACUCCUUUGGAGCAUCUGCAGCAUUUAGCAUGGAGUUUGGCGUUCACAUGUGGCCAAACAUGGGCCUAUCCUAACGCAUCAUGGUAUACACGCUAUCUGAGAACUUCUAAUUGUAGUCCUGUCUCGUCGCCCGCCUCCAUGCCUUGUGACUUUUUUCAGUCCCUUUCGCCGAGUCUGGUUGUCUUUUACCGGAGAUAUUGCACACACGUUCGUGUGCUUGCCUACAUGCUGCAAGAUUGCAACAGAACCUUCUCAGUAUGUUUGACACAAAUUUGCUCUGUUUCGUCUAUAUGCAGUUUUUCUCUGCAAGCGAGCAACUACCCGGGCCUACACUACUAUUUUACUCACACAUAGAAACUAAAGCUUGUC